UCCGGCAGCGGCGGCUGCAGCCUCGCUCUGGGCCCUGCGGCUGGCGGCCGAGCCGUGUGUCUCCUCCUCCGCCGCCGCCAUAUUGUCUGUGUGAGGAGAGGGGAGUGCGGCCGCCACCGCUGCCGCUUCCACCACAGAGGGGGCCACAUGGAAAGCAUGAGAAGGAAUGCGGGGAGCCUCUAGUAACAAAGACCAGCCCCGGCUGACAGCCAGCAAGGAAAUGAAGACCUCAGUCCUACAACCAAGAGGAACUGAAUUUGACCAACAACCUGAAUGAGCUUGAAAGUGGAUUCUUCCUCAGUGUCCAGCAAGGAAAACACCUUGAUUUUGGCCUUGUGAGACCCUAAGCAGAAGCCCACCAAACUUCUGACCUACAGAAACUUCUGAAGAAAACAGGUCUGAAACAAGGUUUUACCUCCAGCUGCCUCUUUACACGGUGACUGCCAGAUCUCCAAACAUCAAGUCCAGCUUUGUCCGCCAACCUGUCUGACAUGUCGGGACCCGUGCCAAGCAGGGCCAGAGUUUACACAGAUGUUAAUACGCACAGACCCCGAGAAUACUGGGAUUAUGAGUCACAUGUGGUGGAAUGGGGAAAUCAAGAUGACUACCAGCUGGUUCGAAAAUUAGGCCGGGGUAAAUACAGUGAAGUAUUUGAAGCCAUCAACAUCACAAAUAAUGAAAAAGUUGUUGUUAAAAUUCUCAAGCCAGUAAAGAAGAAGAAAAUUAAGCGUGAAAUAAAGAUUUUGGAGAAUUUGCGAGGCGGUCCCAACAUCAUCACACUGGCAGACAUUGUAAAAGACCCUGUGUCACGAACUCCCGCCUUGGUUUUUGAACACGUAAACAACACAGACUUCAAGCAAUUGUACCAGACGUUAACAGACUAUGAUAUUCGAUUUUACAUGUAUGAGAUUCUAAAGGCCCUGGAUUAUUGUCACAGUAUGGGGAUUAUGCACAGAGAUGUGAAGCCCCAUAAUGUUAUGAUUGAUCAUGAGCACAGAAAGCUCCGGCUAAUAGACUGGGGUUUGGCUGAGUUUUACCAUCCCGGCCAAGAAUAUAACGUCCGAGUUGCUUCCCGAUAUUUCAAAGGUCCUGAGCUGCUUGUAGACUAUCAGAUGUACGAUUAUAGUUUGGAUAUGUGGAGCUUGGGUUGUAUGCUGGCAAGUAUGAUCUUCCGGAAGGAGCCAUUUUUCCAUGGACAUGACAAUUAUGACCAGCUGGUGAGGAUAGCCAAGGUUCUGGGGACAGAGGAUUUAUAUGACUAUAUUGACAAAUACAAUAUUGAAUUAGAUCCACGUUUCAAUGAUAUCUUGGGCAGACACUCCCGUAAGCGAUGGGAACGCUUUGUCCACAGUGAAAACCAGCACCUUGUCAGCCCUGAGGCUUUGGAUUUCUUGGACAAGCUGCUACGAUAUGACCACCAGUCACGGCUCACUGCAAGAGAGGCUAUGGAACACCCCUAUUUCUACACUGUUGUGAAGGACCAGGCUCGAAUGGGCUCAUCUAGCAUGCCAGGGGGCAGUACACCUGUCAGUAGCGCCAAUAUGAUGUCAGGGAUUUCUUCAGUGCCAACCCCUUCACCCCUUGGACCUCUGGCAGGCUCACCAGUGAUUGCUGCUGCCAACCCCCUCGGGAUGCCUGUUCCAGCUGCCGCUGGCGCUCAGCAGUAAUGGCCCCUUCUGUCUCCUGAUGCCUGAGCAGAGAGGUUGGGGAGUCCACUCUCUCCCUUGAUGCAGCUUGCGCCUGGCGGGGAGGGGUGAAAUACUUCAGAAGCACCGUGUCUGAACCGUUGCUUGUGGAUUUAUAGUAGUUCAGUCAUAAAAAAAAAAUUAUAAUAGGCUGAUUUUCUUUUUUUCUUUUUUCUUUCUUUUUUUUUUUUUAACUCGAACUUUUCAUAACUCAGGGGAUUCCCUGAAAAAUUAUCUGCAGGUGGAAUACUUCCCGGACAAAAUUCUUUUCUCCCCUUCCAAAUUCAGUUUCUCAUCACUAAAGAACAAAGAUAAACCAGCCUCAAUCCCGGCUGCUGCAUUUGGGUGAAGAAUUCUUCCCAUGCCCACAAUCACUCCCCCACCAUGCCACACUUGGGGGGUUUGUAUCUCAUGCUCUUCUCCAGAGAUUACACAAAUGUAGCUUCUUCAAGGGAGGUGGGAAGGAAGGAGGAAGGGAGGACCCAACCUAUAAGAACAGUGUACUGCUAGUCACUUAUAUCACCUUACUCCAAAAGUGCUUCAGUGGGGUUAUCCUGGUGAAUCUGUUGGACAUAGGUCUUAGUUAACGUUGAGAUGCUGAAAAUGUACCCCAAGUGCAGACAGGUUCUGAAAAAUUCUGUUUGGUGUGAAUCAUGUCUUAUUGACCUAACUCUAAAUUCAACUCACUUAUAAUUUAGUUUCAGUUUAGUUUCAAACUUUAAUACUGUACCUCCCAGGCUCCUUACCUUAGUCCUCUCCCCUUUCAUCUCCCAACACGCUCUAUAGCUGGUAGGAGAGGGGAAGGCAAAGUCUUUUUCAGUUUUCUUUGACUCAGCCAUUUUGAUUUCAAUUAGUUACUGGGCAUAACUUAUUGCUUUUUACAAAAGGAAAAAAAAAAUCACCUAUGUAUGUUUCAUGCUAGCAAUUCUUUAAGAGCUAAUGAGAGAUGUGGCCACACCGAGUUUUAUUUUAGGCUUUCUACCUUCUUUUCCUCCUACCUUCCCCUUCCCUCACAUGCCACAUCCAGUGAGAAGACCUGCCCCUCAGUCUUGUAAAUGUAUCUGAGAGGUAGGAGCAGAGCCACUAUCUCCAGUGAAACUGAAAUGGUAGACCUGUAAUUGUGGGAAAACUAAACUCUCUUGUUACAGCCCUGCCACCCCUUGCUGUGUGUAUAUAUAUAAUACUUUGUCCUUCAUAUGUGAAAGAUCCAGUGUUGGAAUUCUUUGGUGUAAAUAAACGUUUGGUUUUAUUUAUCAA